CACACACACACACGCACACACACACACACCACCCCAGUCGCGAGAAGGGAGAGUUGAAAAGAAGCAAGAGGGAGUAGAAGCCAUGGAGAGAAGGGAGGGAGGGGUGGUGUGAGGGGAAAAGAGAAGCAGGUUCCCUAAUAAAUCCACCUCCGUCUCUCUCCCCCCCACACCCCCUCCCCUCUUCUCCAGCCCAGGGUAGGGAAGAGAGGAGCCGGAGAGAGCAGAUGGAGGAGUGGAGUCCGCUGUAGGGCUGUGGAGCUUGGCUGGAGGAUGGAGGAGCCGCCAAGCGCCCGGCUGAUUGGAAGAAAAAAGCAGAGCGAUGGAGGCGGGGGUAGGAGGACGAUUUCUCUGCGGGGACUGGCGGCGGAGUCCACGCCCGGGUCGGGCGCUGCAGAGCUUGGCUAGCUUUCAACCAGCGCUCCCCGGCACCAGCCCCACUCGCCCCCCACCCCCGGCCCUCCCGGCGGCUCCGCAGGGUGAAACGCCUUUCACUCCCGGGCUGGCUCAACCGGACUGAGGCGGAAGCUGGACAGGUGGACAAUGAACGGAGAAGCUGACUGCCCCACCGACCUGGAGAUGGCCGUACCCAAAGGCCAAGACCGCUGGUCCCAGGAAGAUAUGCUGACCUUGUUGGAAUGCAUGAAGAACAACCUACCUUCUAAUGACAGCUCCAAGUUCAAAACCACAGAGUCCCACAUGGACUGGGAGAAAGUUGCCUUUAAGGACUUCUCUGGGGAUAUGUGCAAACUCAAAUGGGUGGAGAUCUCCAAUGAGGUAAGGAAGUUCCGUACAUUGACAGAACUAAUUCUAGAUGCUCAGGAGCACGUCAAGAAUCCCUACAAAGGCAAAAAACUCAAGAAACAUCCAGACUUCCCCAAGAAGCCCCUGACCCCUUAUUUCCGCUUCUUUAUGGAGAAGCGGGCUAAGUAUGCAAAACUUCACCCAGAGAUGAGCAACCUGGACCUGACAAAAAUCUUGUCUAAGAAGUACAAGGAGCUUCCUGAGAAGAAGAAGAUGAAGUACAUUCAGGAUUUCCAGAGAGAGAAACAGGAGUUUGAACGGAACCUGGCUCGGUUCAGGGAGGAUCACCCUGACCUAAUCCAGAAUGCCAAGAAGUCGGACGUGCCUGAGAAACCCAAAACCCCUCAGCAGCUGUGGUACACCCAUGAGAAGAAGGUUUAUCUGAAAGUUCGCCCUGAUGCCACUACGAAGGAGGUGAAGGACUCCCUGGGGAAGCAGUGGUCUCAGCUCUCGGACAAAAAGAGGCUGAAAUGGAUUCAUAAGGCCCUGGAGCAGCGGAAGGAGUAUGAGGAGAUCAUGAGGGACUACAUCCAGAAACACCCGGAGCUCAACAUCAGCGAGGAAGGCAUCACCAAGUCCACCCUGACAAAGGCCGAGCGGCAACUCAAGGACAAGUUUGAUGGACGACCCACCAAGCCCCCUCCGAAUAGUUACUCGCUCUACUGUGCGGAGCUCAUGGCCAACAUGAAGGACGUCCCAAGCACGGAAAGAAUGGUGCUUUGUAGUCAGCAGUGGAAGCUUCUUUCCCAGAAAGAAAAAGAUGCCUACCACAAGAAGUGUGACCAGAAAAAGAAAGAUUAUGAGAUUGAACUCCUGCGCUUUCUGGAGAGCCUCCCUGAGGAAGAACAGCAGCGUGUCCUGGGAGAGGAGAAGAUGUUGGGCAUCAAUAGGAAACGAGCCACCAGCCCUGCCUCAAAGAAGCCUUCUCCAGACGGUAGCAAGGGUGGAUCUGAGAAGCCCAAGCGGCCUGUCUCCGCCAUGUUCAUCUUCUCGGAGGAAAAGCGACGCCAGCUGCAGGAGGAACGGCCUGAGCUGUCCGAGAGCGAGCUGACCCGGCUCUUGGCACGCAUGUGGAACGACCUGUCCGAGAAGAAGAAGGCCAAGUAUAAGGCAAGGGAGGCGGCCCUGAAGGCACAGUCCGAGAGGAAGCCGGGCAUGGAGAGGGAAGAGCGGGGAAAGCUGCCUGAGUCGCCCAAGACCGCAGAGGAGAUCUGGCAGCAGAGUGUCAUCGGAGACUACCUGAAUGACCGGGUGAAAGCUCUGAAGGCUAUGGAGGUAACCUGGAACAACAUGGAAAAGAAGGAGAAGCUCAUGUGGAUUAAGAAGGCAGCUGAGGACCAGAAGAGAUAUGAGAGAGAACUGAGUGAGAUGCGGGCUCCCCCAGCAGCUGCCAAUUCCUCCAAGAAGAUGAAGUUCCAGGGGGAGCCCAAAAAGCCCCCCAUGAAUGGUUACCAGAAGUUCUCCCAGGAGCUGCUGUCCAACGGGGAGCUGAACCACCUGCCCCUGAAAGAGAGAAUGGUGGAGAUUGGCAGCCGGUGGCAGCGGAUUUCCCAGGGCCAGAAGGAACAUUACAAGAAACUGGCAGAGGAGCAACAAAAGCAAUACAAGGUGCACUUGGACCUCUGGGUCAAGAGUCUGUCCCCCCAGGAUCGAGCUGCUUACAAAGAAUACAUUUCUAACAAACGCAAGAGCAUGACCAAGCUUCGAGGCCCAAACCCCAAGUCUAAGCCCACCAUGCAGUCCAAGUCGGAGUCCGAGGAUGAUGACGACGAUGAGGAGGAAGAGGAAGAAGAUGAAGAGGAUGAUGAUGAUGAUGAAAAUGGGGACUCCUCAGAUGAGGGUGGCGACUCUUCUGAGUCUAGCAGCGAGGAUGAGAGCGAGGAUGGGGAUGAGAAUGAUGACGACGAAGAGGAUGAUGACGAAGAUGAGGACGAGGAUGAAGAUGAAGACAAUGAGUCAGAGGGGAGCAGCUCCAGCUCAUCCUCCUCCGGGGACUCUUCUGACUCCGACUCCAACUGAGCCCUGGGGGGAGGCCAGGCCUGCCUCUGCACCCCCAGGGGCCUAGGAAAGCCUUGGGGGGUGCUGGGAGGGAGGUCCUGUGGGGUAGGGAGGGGUGGAAGGGAGAGUCCCCUCUGUGACUCCUAUUUUUUUUCACCCCCUCUAGUUCUGCCCCCACCCACCCCCAUUUUUUUUUUAAAGCAAAAUGCAUGGGGGGGUGAGGGUGGGGGGAGCCCAGGCUAGGACUCUGCAACCUUAGAGAGAUAUUAGCCCUGGGGGAGCCUCUGGGGGAAUGACCAUCAGACUGAGCCAGUGUCUACCCUUCCUUCCUCCUCCACCCCACUCCCAGGAUCUCUUCACAGUACCCCCCUUUUUUUCUCCCCUGCCCCCCCCCCCCCAGCUGCCCACCCUGGACCAUGGAUCUCACUGCACUUACAGCUCCUAGCAUGGACAUUGGAAUGGGGCUGGGGGGAAGGAGGGGUACACAGGGGUUGGAAUGGGUUUUUAGGGGGGUGGGGAGGCUUUGAAGGGUAGAGUGUGGCCCUUCUCCCCCACUUUCUCCAUUCGGGGGAGGGAGUUCUGAAGCCGUGCCCUACCGCUCUCUCUCCCGCCCCCCUGUGUGACUGGUUGCCUUGACCACUGUGUUGGAACUGGGGGUAUGGGGACAUUUGCAGGGGGUCCUUUAAGAAGAUGGGGGUGGUCCUGAGUCCUCCUGCCCUGGCUAACCCCCUUGCAGGAAGGAGCUCCCCCUGCCCCUCAGGGCAGCAGUCUUUUUUAUAUAUGUGUAUAUAAUUUUUUUUAAGCUCUGAGCUGUCAACGAGAUGUUUCCUACCGAUCUCCGCUACUGUCUCUGUCUGUUCUGUCGUUUGGGGUUGGGGGGGUCAGGGGGGGUGUCAUUUUUAAAAACUUGUCUUGAGUGUGGAAGCGUGUGGCCUGUACAUAGCGUGUGAGUGUGCGCAUGUGUGUGUGUGUUUGUGUGUGUGUGAGAGAGAGAAAUGAGGCCUGACCCCUCUGGCCUUGAGUAAGUGGAAGGGAAGGGAAGUGGGGAGCAGCCCACAGGCUCACCUGUCUUGUGUCUUAUCCUGCCCCAAGGGAAAGAGGCUGGUCCCCAAUCUCACAGAUUCCAAAUCCUUGCCUGGUAGACCCUUUCUUGGGGUGGGGGGGAGACGGGAAAGCUGCACGGGGCUCCUCCCUUGUUCCUUUGGGGGGGUGCGUGUGUUGGGGUGUGUGUGUGGAUCUGUGUAUGUGUGUAUGUGUGGGAUUUUGGCUUCUUUUUGGGGGGGUGGUCAUGAUUCUCUGACCUAAAUGGCAUGAGGUUGGGGGGUAUCUUAGGCCCUAAGAGUUUUGUUUCUGCAGAGGGGCUAGCUAGGCCGAGGAGUCGAGGCUGACCAUAUUCAACCCACCUUGAUCUGAGAAUCCUGGGGUAGGUGGGGAAUGUGUCAUCUGUCUAUCUAGGCCGCCCUCCCCUCCCCCCAGCUACCUUUUGGUUUCUCAGGUUGGGCCCCUACAUCCACCCAGGCCUACUUUUUAUUGAAGUGUUUCAUUUUGCUAAGGGCUGCUGGAUGCAGCCGGCCUUCCUCACCCACCAACCCCUCUUAGCCAACCUGACACCCCUCCCCCCCCAAACCACUUUGGAUUUAUUUCUGUGAAUUUCAUUUUUUAGAUGUUUGACUAAAUUUGGAUUUAAAAAAAACCAACAAUCAUGUCAGUGAGUUAUUUAGGCUUUCUCUGAUGAUGGGAAAACUAAGGGGCAGAGGGGAACUGGAAAUGGAUGCCGGGUGGGAAGAGGAGAAACCUUGACAGGCCCAGACUUGAGUGAUCGGUAGACUCUCCCAAAGGUAGCCAGACAAUCUAAGCCCUGACCUCAGGAAAGGCAGACGCUCAGGGGCAAAGCAGGGGAAGGGCCCCCCCAUCCCUUUGUCCUGUCCCUGGACACGCUAGAGGGGUUCUUCUGUUUGCCGCUUGACUGUGUUUGCCUGUCACUCUCCAUCCCCUAACACCCAGCAGGAAAUCAAUCCCCCUUCCUGCCCUUAGUUGACUGGCCCUACCACUAUUGUGUUUCAAGUGAACUAUGUUUUAGUAUAAAAUGAAAAAAAAAAACCAAACCUGGGACUUUUUCCCCCGUAUCGAAAAAUUCUUACAGUGCGGACAAGAUGGCAGACGGGUGGGUGGGGGGUGUUGGUACUGUAAGAGGUCACACUAAGUGCAUUUUGGCACUGGGACGAGUUGGUAGGGUGGGUUUGGGUUGUUUUUUUUGUUUUUUUUUUCUUUUUGAGGGGAGAGCCUAAGGGAGGGUUACAGAGGCCCCCCGCCCCAAUUUUUUUUCUAAUAUUUAAAAGAGUGUUUUGUAGGUUUCAACAACUAUGGCCACAACUUGGGUUUCUAUCACUGGGAAAGGAGGGGGGGUGAGGGGGGGAUGGCUAGACAUGUCUGGCUGAGGCCAACUUUGGAAGUUUUGUUUCCCCCCUCCUCUUUUUUUUUUGUAUAAUAAAGUGAAAAAAGGUUUG